CCGCGACCGCCUGGCAUCCUCCGGUACUGGCUAGUCGGUCGGCCGAGCGGGGCCGAGCGUUUACUGGAGCUGCUCCCCACAGAGGGAAGAGAGAUGGCUGACCCUGAGAGUCGGUGGUCAGAGAGUGCCAGGAAGAUCAAAAUGGAAGGCCUGUCUGAUGUUGCCUCUUUCUCAACUAAACUUCAGAACACUCUGAUCCAGUACCACAGCAUUGACGAAGAUGAGUGGCGAGUUGCCAAGAAAGGGAAAGAUGUAACAGUUUGGAGAAAACCCUCAGAAAAAUUUAAUGGAUAUCUAUACAAAGCUCAAGGUGUUAUGGAUGACACUGUCAAUAAUGUGAUAGACUUUAUACGCCCGGGGCCCUGGCGCUUGGAAUGGGACCAGUUAAUGACUUCACUGGAUAUUUUGGAGCACUUUGAAGAGAGCUGCUGUGUGAUGCGUUACACCACGGCUGGUCAGCUGCUGAAUAUUAUCUCCCCAAGGGAGUUCGUUGAUUUCUCCUACACUGUGGGCUAUGAAGAAGGACUUCUAUCCUGCGGGGUGAGUGUUGACUGGAGUGAAACAAGACCAGAAUUUGUUCGUGGUUAUAACCAUCCCUGCGGCUGGUUUUGUAUUCCACUUAAAGACAAUCCAAACCAGAGUCUUUUGACAGGCUACAUUCAGACCGAUCUGCGUGGCAUGAUCCCUCAGUCUGCAGUAGACACAGCCAUGGCAAGCACUUUAACCAACUUCUAUGGUGACCUGAGGAAAGCUUUACGAAAGGCAUGAUAUGUUCAACUAAUAGCGCUCAGGUUUGGUGAUUGCUCUCCCCCUAGCUGCAUGACCUGUAAACGUCAUCAGUUCCUGUCUGCUGUGCAACCUGUAGAAACACUGGAGGUGUUCUGGGUUCCAUAGUACACUCUUAUUUUAUGUUAAAAAUAAAUAGCUAUGUAAAUAGGGCGUUUAAAAUUUCUUAAACUUUUAUUUGCACCCUGUUUGGUUGUGGAAGUGUGUCUAGGAAUGGAAAGGAUGGAAUGCCAAGAUUUAGACCUGUCCUUGGUGCAGUCUAGUCACACAAGUGGAACAGUGCCUCCGGAGGAAGUGUUUGGCUGCUUGGAAAUUACAAAGUGUGCAAGCUCAAUGCUACUCAUGUUAUUUUGGGGCUUUUUGAACAUUUUGUAAAAUUUUAAUGGUUUGUAAUGUAAA